AUGCAAACAGCCCCAAAACCCUGGGCCGUCGGUAGCCGAGAUCGGGAGCAUCCGAUCCACCGAGAGAGAGCGAGGGGAAGAUGAGCGCGGCGGCGGGCGGGCUGCGUCAGCUGCUGACGGCGGCGGUGACGGCGGGGGCGGCGGAGGCUCGCGCCGCGAUUUUCGGGCACGCGGUGAACCCGUUGGGAAAGCGCGCGGCGACGAAGCUGCUGCGGAAGAAGCUCAUCGGCGAGCAUGUCGCGCAGUGGUACCCCGACGACAUCAAGCGCGACGACCCCGAAGUCAUGGCGCGCGAGGAGAAAGAGCGUCUCGCCAAGCUGGAAAUGCUUAAACGUCGUGGGAAGGGUCCGCCGAAGAAGGGCCAGGGAAGGCGUGCGAUCAAGAGAAACAAAUAAUUGCCUUGCUUCUGUUUAAUUUUAGUACUGAUCUGGCAGCUAUGCUGAAAUAUUUGCUGCGAAACUACCCUCUGUAUUCUCUCUCUAAAAAAAUCUACCCUUUGUAUUAGGUCAGUCAUGCUUCAUUUUGUCACCGAUUUGGCAAUGAUGGGUUUGUUUCUUCUAGUCUGAUGAAGACACGUUUAUUUGUGCUGCUUCUUGAAAUGCAAUACACAUCAGCAUUUGGUUA